UCCCUUUUGCCAUAGGGGCCAUACCCACCGCCUUUCAGCCUGAUCCGGAGUGUAUGACAAAGAAACAUUCCUUACACAGCAGUGGCCCAUCUUGUAUAUCAGGUGUACAAUGAGGGUAGCAGUGGGAAUCAACUCUGAUGUGGAGAGACAUAAACCAUGGAAGGACCAACACCCGAACCCGUCUUCGUCGACGUGGACAAAGGACUAACGCUAGCAUGCUUCGUCUUCCUUUGCCUCUUCCUGAUCGUCAUGAUUAUCCGCUGCGCAAAAGUCAUCAUGGACCCAUACAGCGCCAUCCCGACGUCUACGUGGGAGGAGCAGCACCUGGAUGACUGACAGGGGAGAGAGGGGAGGAGGCGGACAACAAUCAUGAAGCCACAUGGACCAACCAAAAGCUUGCGUGAGAGAGCACAACAUGGACAGCUGCUUUGCCUGGAGGAGGGCACAAAAUAUUAUACAACUUUUCCGAGAUGCAAAGGGCAAUGUAGUUCCCUCUGAGAGCACACUGGUGAUAGCUUCCUGCCUAUCAGCCUCGAUACAUCGCCCUGUCGUUUCUCCUUCCGAAGGAGUGACCUCCAGGUUUUAAUGAGGAAAUGAUUAUGAUUGUAUAUCAAGUAGCACAAAAGCUCUCUAGGCACUAGAAAAUCCCUUCCAAGCUUUUUUUUCUAGUAUAAUCUCUAUUAAGCACCUUCUCUCUGUUUUAAAUCGUUAUUUGUAAUUGAAAUGGGCAAAUACAUGCUAUAAAUACAGGCAGAUGCUGUGCAGAGAUACCAGGGUGGUAUGAGGGUCAAAGACGAGGGGGCUGGCAUUUUAAAAUGAGGGCACUCUUUACGAGAUUGGCAAUAAUAAUAAAGAAACCUUAAGGUUU